AUGAUACCACAGCACGAAGAAGAGCAGUACCUCAACCUCAUAAAGUCCGUCAUCGAGACCGGCGCACCGAGACCGGACCGAACCGGCACGGGCACGUACUCGCUCUUCGCGCCGCCGCCGCUGCGCUUCUCCCUCGCGGACAGCACCUUCCCCCUGCUCACCACCAAGCGCACCUUCCUCCGCGGCAUCGUCGCCGAGCUUCUUUGGUUCAUCAAGGGCAGCACCGACUCGCAGCUGCUCUCCGCGCAGGGCGUGAAGAUCUGGGACGGAAACGGCUCGCAGGACUUCCUCGCGAAGCGCGGGCUCGGGCAUCGGAGGGAGGGCGACCUGGGCCCCGUGUAUGGCUUCCAGUGGCGGCAUUUUGGGGCGCGGUAUGCCGACUGCGAUGCGGAUUAUAGCGGGCAGGGCGUGGACCAGCUCGCCGAGUGCAUACGCAAGAUCAAGGAGGACCCGACGGACCGACGUAUCAUCCUCAGCGCCUGGAAUCCCGCGGACAUCCCGCUGAUGGCCCUCCCGCCGUGCCACAUGCUCUGCCAGUUCUACGUCCACCUCCCCCAGACCCCCGAGGACAAGCCCAAGCUCUCCUGCCUCAUGUACCAGCGCUCCGCCGACCUCGGCCUCGGCAUCCCCUUCAACAUCGCCUCCUACGCCCUCCUCACGCACAUGGUCGCCCACGUCACGCACACCGAGCCGCACGAGCUCGUCAUCCAGCUCGGCGACGCGCACGUGUACAAGGACCACGUCGACGCGCUCAAGGUGCAGCUGGAACGCGAGCCGCGGCCGUUCCCGAAGCUGAGGUGGAGGAGGGAGGUGCAGAGUAUAGAUGAUUUUGUAGCGGAGGAUGUGAUCGUGGAGGGCUACGAUCCGUACCCGAGCAUCGCGAUGAAGAUGAGUGUCUGAGUUGUAUCGAGGUUUGUAGCGUUUACAUAUUGGUUUGAAGUCUUGCGAUCGUGUAUCGGUAGAUGUGGUCAUAUAAAUUGUUGGAUCUCGAG